AGUUGUUAUUCUAUGCAGCUGAGUAAAUAAAGAACAGAGAGAUGAGUGAGGCUGCAUAUAAUAUCAGAGCAACGGCUGAAGCUGGAGAGACACAGGAAGCCUCUAAGCUAAGGGCAAGAAAAUGAAAACACAGAGCUAGGCACAGAGAGGAAGUAAAUAUAGCAGCCUUGUCAUUCUGUGUACUGGGGAACUGCGGCCUCACCGGCUGAUGGGAGGAGUCCGCUAGUUUCACUUUCUGGCUUCCUACAUCUGGUCAAUGAUUACACAGGCUGAGAAGUGUACAUGAAGAUGCCCAGCACUGCCCCUCACUGUGUGACCCUCCUGACACCUCCCUGGCUGCACCUGGACCACAUGCCCAGAUCUAACAUGGCACUAGCCCUGAGUUAACUCUCUUUAACUGUAACUGUGGUGCUAGGGGGGGUUUAGUGCAGACAGAUUAGCCCUCCCCCUCUAUACCCCAUUCAUAACCCUCUGUAUCAUGGCUGUGCCCUGGAUCUGCUACUGGCAGCUUCUGCUCCUGCUUGUGUGCUGCUCCAGCUGGGGUCAUACUGAAGCUCCGUCCUUCCAGCCUGGGAUUUUGUACCAAUAUGAUUACGCCCUGGAUUUAACCAUAGAGCAUAUAUCUCAGCCAUCUAUGCCAGCGAGCAGGCUGCAAGGGAGAGCGUUGGUUGAGAUUUACGUUUUAUGGAGACAUAAGGCUCAGCCUGACGAGCAGCUAUUGCAUGUACAGAUUCAAGACUUUGCCAUUCAUGAUUUAUCAAUGCAAAAAAAUAGUAAUGGCUCCGCAGAAGAAAAGCAUCAUAAGGACCCAGCAAAUAGCGGCAACAUGGGGCGACCAAUCCUCUUCCACUGGAAGUCUGGCAAGGUUUUGGGGAUGUACAGUGCUGGAGAAGACAACAGCCGGAUACUGGAUAUUAAGAGAGGACUUAUUAGUCUCUUCCAAUUUCAACCUCUUUAUGGGAUUUAUACUGAGGAAGAUGUCUCCGGUAGAUGCCGAGUCACUUACGACACAUCAAAAACUUCCAUAAAGAAGACAAAAGAUUUGCACAGCUGUACAAACUCACCAUUUGGAUUCACUGCUGAUCACAAGGUUUUUGGGGUAUCUCAGAAUUUUACCAACAAAGCAGUUAUGUCACUAAAUAACAGCGUUAUCCAGAUGGUAAUUGCAGAAGAAAGCCACAUGGUUUCGCUACGUGUAAAAUCUCGUCUUGGGACACGCAUUGCUUCCAGACAGCAAAUGGUUUUCAAGUCAUCUAGUCCUGGACCUGCUGAGAUUCAUGAGGAGAACAUGCUGAAUAUAUUGAAAGUGCUACCAGAGCAGUUUCAGAAAACAGCGAUCACUUGUCAUCCGCUCAGAAGGACUGAAGUCAGCCCUACAUUUAAGAACUACAUGAAGACAACAAAGAAACCGAUAUUAAAAGUGAACGUUUCUAAAGCCACGACCACUAAGCACUUUCACACCUUUGUGAAGAUGAUGCGCGACGCUAAGAAGAGGGAUGUCCUCCAGCUCCUACAGCAGGCAUCUCGUGAUAUGGUCCUCUUUUAUAUUGAUGCUGCAGUGGCGUCACAAUCUUUACCGGCUUUAGAAGCAUUGUCUGAAUUUUUAGAUUUCAGCAAAAAGAAACAGAUCGAUUUGCACGAAAAGUUUCUCUAUUCUGCAGCUUUUGCGCCUCAUCCUUCUACGGAUCUACUAAACCUGGUAUUAGAUAAAUUAAAUGGCAGAAUUUCUGAGCCUAUGAUUAUGGAAACCGGACUUAUCAUAGCCGGAGCUAUUGUCGGCAAGUUAUGCAAACUGAAGCUUUGUGACACUAAGGAUGUGGAGUUUGCAAAACAAACCCUAAUAAAAGGUUUGACUCGUGCAGAAGAUGAGAGUGAUAUAAAAAUCUUUCUCCUUGCCUUGAAAAAUGCGCAGCUCCCUGAAACCAUCCCCCUCUUGCUCCAGUACGCAGAAGACAGCUCCGCCGUUGUGUCCAACGCUGCUCUGUCUGCUCUGCAGGGGUUCCCAGCACAACAGCUCGCAACCAAGGACGUGAAGGAAACUCUGAGAAUAAUUUUCCAUCAGGCAGAGCAGAAAUAUGAUAAAACAAGUCGUUUGAUGGCUGCAGAGAUGCUCCUGGCUGCAGAUUCUUUGGGGACAGAUCUUAUAAAUAUAUUAUCGAACCUGAAUACGAUGGAUAAAGAAGCAUCUAAGUUAUUGCUUUCCAAAGUGCAGGACAGACUGAGCUCCAAGCAGACAAUAAAGAAGAUAGGAAAGAAGCUUCUGAAUGAAACAUUGUUACACAAUUAUGACAUACUUUCAAGACUGGGCAAAUCCACCACCUUCUUUGGACCUCUCGCUGCUACAAGUGAUACUUUAUCCUCUUUCGGCCUGGAACUUUUGUUCUCUGAGUCAGGUCUAAUGAAGAUGAGUACAUCUGAUAUAAGUUUACAUCAUCACAAUCAACAUAUCAGAGCAAUGCAGGUUUCUGUAGAAUCUCAAGGUCUGGAGUCCUUGAUAGGAGAUGGUGCAGCUGAAGAGGAAAGUGAUGUAGACGCCUCAGUUGGGAUGUCGGCCAUCUUGUUUGAUGUACAGUUACGCCCAGUUGUAUUUUUCAAAGGAUACAUGGAUUUAAUGUCUAAAGUGUUUGCGAGCAGCGGGGAGCCUACUAGUGUAGUGAAAGGAAAUGUUCUUCUUAUCGACCAUCUUCAGUGGUUGCCAAUGCAGUCCGGGUUACAAGCCUUUAUAGAAUAUCAGGGUGGGCUCGGAUUAGAGAUCUUGGCCAAUAUUGAUGUCAGCAUUUGGGAGCAGGAGUCCAAAACCAGCAUCAAUACUAAAUCUGGUCUUGUCUUAGAAUAUAACACUGAAGUGGAUAGCGGUUUCUUCCAAGUCAGUCUGAAGGGCCAAACUGAUGCAGAAAUCACGUUAGGCUUUGACUCUGUCAUGAAGUUUACAGGUUUCCCUAUUCUCAUGUGUCUGCAGCUGCGACAGGAUAAUCUCCCAUAUAGAGAAAAAUACACUGUUAUGGAAUCACUUCCAGAGAAGAAUAUCACACGCACUGUACGGAAAGGAAGAAAAUCCACUAUAUGGGGGAGAGACUUUCCCCUGCAUCACGCUAACUCAGAAAUGUGCAAGAGCUUACUGUCAGACACUGAACACAUCCAUGAAACAUGAGAGCAUACUGUGAAAAACUGGACUAUACCCAUAAACAUUUCUCCACCAAUGUCAAAUCAUCUUUUGCAGCGGGACAUAAAAAAAUAUUUGUAUUGCAUUUUAUGACGCCUUAUUUUUUCAACAAUGGCUUCCUCUAUCCUCAGUUACAAUAGCAUGGUGCAUCCGUUUUCUACCAAUAGAGCUUUGGUAGUUGUCCUAAUCAAUUAGGUCUAGAUUACAAGUGGAGCACUCUGAAAAUUAACCAGAGAUCAGAUCUCUGGUUCAUUUUCAAAAAGUGACCCAAUUGGCCCCAAAUUUAAGAGUAUUUUAGUAUGUGUAUAUAUAUAUUGUAGUUUUUUUUUCUAUUUUAAUACAAACAAGUACACAAAUCAGUUUUAGGGGUUAAAAGUGGCUGGUUUGGUGUGUUAGAAAAAAACGGCGCUGAAAAGUGCAUUUACAUUGCAGUCUAUGGGGAGCUGUGUGUUCCCUGUAAAUAUAUAUGUAUAUUCUUAUAUUCAUAUAUAUGUAUGUGUUAAAGGGACACUGAACCCAAAUUUUUUCUUUUGUAAUUCAGAAAGAACAGGCAAUUUUAAGCCACUUUCUAAUUUACUCCUAUUAUCAAUUUUUCUUCGUUCUCUUGCUAUCAUUAUUUGAAAAAGAAGGCAUGUAAGCUUUUUUUUUGGUUUCAGUACUCUGGACAGCACUUUUUUAUUGGUGGAUGAAUUUAUCCACCAAUAAGCAAGGACAACCCAGGUUGUUCACCAAAAAUGGGCCGGCAUCUAAACUUACAUUCUUGCAUUUCAAAUAAAGAUACCAAGAGAAUGAAGAAAAUUUGAUAAUAGGAGUAAAUUAGAAAGUUGCUUAAAAUUUCAUGCUCAAUCUGAAUCACGAAAAAUUUUUUUUGGGUACAGUGUCCCUUUAUGUAUAUAAGCAUAAACAUAUAUAUUUAAAUCUGCUGCUUGACUUACCCCUUCGCUGAACAAGGCUCCCAUUGGAGCCUAUGGAAGUGCGCUCUGGUGAGCGCAAUGCUUCCGUGCAAUGCAAGGUCAUGUUCCCAUUGCACCUAACUUGUAAAACCAGCGCACAUUUGCGUGCAUUGGUAUUACAAAGUGGACCGCAAAUAUCGCCCUGCGAAAUUGAAAUAUUGCGCUCCACUUGUAAUCGGGCCCUUAGUAAGCAAGCUCUCUGUAGGGAUGAGUUGUGCACAAACAUUCACUUCCUUUUUGUUACAAUUUCAAUUUAAACAGCUUUAAACUCAAAACUGAACCAUCCCAUAAAACGCUGAAUUAAAAUUGAAAUAUGAAUUCAUUAUUUACUUUACCUAUAGUAUAAAAUACCUCUGACAAUUGUGUAUGUGGUGUGUUUUUUUACUUUGCUUACACAUCUAUGUCGCUGCUCAAGAACAACAAACAAAAACAUUAUUUUUUAUAACAGUAAGACCUGUAUUAAUGUACCAUAUACGUAUAAAGUCUGAGUCUAUAUAUAAAAUAUAUAUUUAUAUUUACUUAUAGAGUAGAGAUGAGGGGGCCGAAUUAUCAUUGUGCGGACGGACAUCGAUAAAUGACAAUAGCAAACGCUGUCGGCAUUUAUCAUUGUACAAGCAUUUCUCAUGGAAUGCUUGUGCAAUACUGCCCCCUGCAGAUUUGCGGCCGCUAGCAGGGGUUGUCAAUCAACCUGAUUAUAUCCGAUCGGGCUGAUUGUUGUCCGCCGUCGCAGAGGUGGCGGACGAGUUAAGGAGCAGCGGUCUUAAGACCGCUGCUUCUUAAUUCCUAUUUACGGCGAGCCCGAGGGCUCGUGCGGAAACAGCAGCAUAUGGCUGCAUUCGGGGGAUGAUAAAUCAGCCCAGAGGAAUGAAAUUGUGUCUGUUUAAAAGUGUUUAAUAAAUUGUAAUUAUUUGAAAAAAAGUGGACAACGAGGGAUGACUUCCCCCAAUCCCCAUAUCUCUGUUCUACUGCACCUGUGUGAGCGACGUGCACACUCAUAUCACAUACAUAUCAACAUGAUUGUGAUUGCAUAGCAAGAGUCCUUUUGAUCUGGGAGACAGCAACAUCGGUAAAAAAAAACUGGUGUUUGCACAUAGCUGCCUUUUUUCAUUGACUUACCUGAUCUGUUAAGCUAGCUCCCAGUAGAGUAUCUCUGCUCGUUUAACGAAGGAUACAGAGAGAAUGGAGCAAAUUUGAUAAUAGAGGAAUUUUUUUAAAUUAUAUGCUCUAUGUAAACAAUGAAACUAUAUUUUUGAGUUUACUGACCCUUUAAACAUUGCAAAUAUUAAAGUAUUAGUAACAAUGGCAAAUAAAAAGAAAAGAAUUUCACAUUUCA